UUCGCUUUCUCUCUCUAAAAGGUUUCGGCGAUUCCUGAGUUUCCUUUUCAUAUAUACAUUUUCAAAUAUAUAUACUCACACUCCAUUUCCUGUUUACGCGACGCCGUUCAGUCGCCGGUGAUUUCUCGUUCAGUGAACCUAAAUGCCUGCUGCAAAGCUCUACUCAAGUGGAACUCUCAAUGCUAUGAAAUCAGAAGAAGGGAAUGAUUCCCUAGGCACCUUCAUCAGACAAGCUACAGGAAAGGAGCCUCUUCUCCCUUUUCCAAGGACAGUGGAUGGUCCAGUGCAGUGGAUUCAAUUGCUUAAUGCCUUAGAUCAACCAGUUGUAGAUUUCUCUGGUUGGCUUUUGCUGACGCCUGUAAAAGUUCAGAUGCAAAAGUGUGAGAAGUGUUACCGGGAGUUCUGUUCUCCUAUAAACUACAGAAGACAUAUUCGAGUGCACCGCCGCUCCUUAAAUAUCAACAAGGAAUGGCACAAAAAUAGGGAUUUAUUAGCUGAGUUUUGGGAUGAGCUUUCAUUGCAGCAUGCUAAGGAACUAGUGUCAUUUAGUGACAUAAUUCUUAAGGAUAUUCCAGGAUCAUCGGUAGUUAAAGCUUUGUCUUCCUCUCUCCGUAAAGCAGGGGUUUGGACUCUCCCACAGGCUUAUGUGAAGGCUGGUGCCACACUGCUGGAUAUCAUCCAAGCUAAGCCUUCCAGAUUACCGAUAUCCUCACAAGAACUGUUUAGCACCCUUGAUGAUGCCAGCGAGAGAACGUUUCUGUGUGCUGGUACAGCUGAUUCCGUGCAGAACUAUGUUUUUGAUGGAGAAACUGCUAAAAAUAGCCUUGAGUUGAAGAACCUAGUAGCGCUUACAAGCUUCCUUUUUGAGCAACUACUGGUCAAGGCAUGGGUCGCUGACAAAGAUGCAGAGGCUUUGAGAUGUCAGAAGCUACUUGUGGAGGAGGAAGAAGCUGAACAAAAAAGGCAAGCGGUGAUUGUGGAGAGGAAAAAACAGAAAAAGCGUCGUCAAAAAGAACAGAAGGUCAGGGAGCAAUACUGUGGGUGCGGCAGCAAUUUGAAUAUCUACAUUGAUGCUGUAGAUAGGCCAACUUCAGCCGAAGCAUCUGAUAUGUCAUCCCCAUCCGGCUCUAACUCAAACUCACAAGAGGUGCCUACAACCAUAGACUCAGUUCAACCCCAAAACAAAGAGUCAGAUGAAGAUAUAGAAGCGCAGUUUGAUGCUAGCAGCGAACAUAAGAAACAGAGGGACUCCCCAGCAGUUGAACUCCAGAUGUUGGUUGCAAAUGGUCACCGGCAUGCAGCCACCAACCGCUUGCAGGCUCUGAAGUCACAAAGGGGCAGACGAUAUGGCCUCCAUGCAGACUUGAAUCCUCAAACAUUAAAACCUGAACUUAUGCACAAGCUUGGUCCAUCCAAAGACCGAAGAAUUCAGAAUGGAAGCAAAGUCCGGACCAAAAAGUUCAAAAACAACAAUGAUUGGGAGAACCCGAUGCCUCCUUCUUUGCAAGAAGUGGAAAGUAACCGAAUAGAACAAAAUAACGGUGAGGUGAUUAUCGGUUCUAUACCUGUCGCGCUGAAAAGUUAUUAUGAUCAGCAGCAAGCAAGUCCCCCAAAUGAAACACAAGAUACUUGCAGCGCAGAGCAGCUUAAGAAAAAAAAUGCUUCAGAAAAGCCUGUGAAAUGUAAUUCUCUGCAGUCUGGCACCAACCGAGCACCUUCAAAACUUUGGAGGCCUGUUAGCCGUGGUGAGACAAAGAACGUGCUGACAGUUGGUAGAAUCAAUGAAGAUCUCGGGGAUAGUGCUAUGUUGUCUAAGGUUCAUAACCAUACUUCCUCCAGUGAAAGGUCUGGGCAGUCACAGUCCUUGGACAGUGAUGGUUGUCAAAACAGGAAGCAAUUCCAUGUCAUCUCAGAUGAUAAUGCUCAAGGAGGAUUGAUGCCUUUCUCCAGUGAAGCUGUGAAAGAGUUUCUUGCCAGGAGAUGGAAGGAAGCUAUUGCCGGAGACCACAUAAAGUUAGCGCUUUCAUCAGAGCGUGAACCUCCUGGACGGCCUGACGUUCAGCCAGCAUCAGGUCCUCCUAGAGGCAAUGGUGAGAAUCAGUGUGGCAGAAUCAUUCAAGUUCAGGUCGCUAGAAAGCCAGACAAGAGUGUGAAAUUCAAAUACAUACCCAAAACAGAAACAAAAAGCUACCCCGUAGGUACAUUUGAUUGUUCAGAAUUUGUUUAGUUUAGGACAUUGCCCUCAAAUUUCUCUCAGAGGUUCCAGUUUUACAGUGGUCGUCCAUUGGACAAGUGAAGGAAAUUUUAUCGAGGAAUCCGAUUUUUUGUUUUCGAGCAGUGGUGAGCUCGGGGGGGUUGGUUCUCUAGAUCACAAAUCUAGUGCAUCUAUUAUGCUUACUAGAGAAAUAUCGCCCUUAUUAACAUGAUUACGUAUAUUAUUAGAAUCACUUUUGAAUCAACA